CUGAAAGCUCGAAGCUGAUGCUCGGAGCGAUUGCGAGGAAAACUGUAGAGAAUCGGAUUCUAGUUUCUCGUCACUUGAUUUCUUCAACCAGCUGCUUAUUUAAGGAUAAUAACGAAGAAUUAUUAGAAAGUAUCAAGGAGAGAAUUGCCAGAAAUCGCCGAAUUCUUCAGAAGCAUUCGUCUUCACAUUUGAAAGCUCGAGAAGUAAACGCAAGCAUCUCAAAUCUGCGACAAUCAAUGGCGGCAGUGCAGAAGAAACAAAAAGCGGCUCACGAACCACCGGCCAACUCAAUUGUCAACAUUCCCAGUCAAGUAUCGAUCGAAGUUCUCGGUAAUGGAACAGGACUUCUCCGAGCAUGCUUCAUCCUUCGAACACCACUGAAAACCUACAUGUUCAACUGCCCUGAGAAUGCAUGCAGAUUCCUGUGGCAGCUUAGGAUCCGAAGUUCAAGCGUCGUUGAUCUUUUCAUCACAUCUGCAAAUUGGGAUAAUAUUGCUGGAAUUUCAUCAAUUCUACUUUCUAAGGAAUCAAAUGCAUUGUCUACUCGACUUCAUGGUGCAAUGAAUAUCAAACACUUUUUGGAAUGUAUUCGACCAUUUCAAGAUUCGGAUUACGGUAGCUGCAAGUAUCCAUCUCAAGUUGAAGAACGUCCAUAUACAAUGGAGAAUUAUGAGGAUGCCGGAUUAAAGGUCACAUAUAUUCCUCUGAGUCCACCGUUGAAUAUCGGAAGUAACAACGAAAAAAGUAAAAAUGUGAAAGUCAACAAUGUAGACAUUGCAUUUUUAAUCGAAAUGAAGGAGGCAGCCAGACGAAUCGAUACGAUGAAGUUGAUGGAACUGAAAGUACCGAAAGGUCCACUAAUUGGAAAACUGAAAUCAGGAGAAGCAGUUACUCUUCCAGAUGGAAGGACGAUUCAACCUGAUCAAGUUUUCUCAUCGGAUAAAGUUGAAGGAGACAAGCCACUGCUUUUAGUGACAGAAUGUACUACAGAGGAUCAUGUGAAAGCACUGAUAGACUCAUCAUCACUGCAACCAUUUUUGAAUGGGGAAAAACAGUUGGAUUAUAUGGUUCAUAUCAGUGAUGAUGCAGUAAUCAAUACUCCAACCUACAGACAUUUGAUGGAGAAGCUCAACAAUCCCAGUAUCACUCAUUUGCUGAUCAAUGGAGGGAAUCCUGUGAUUCCAGCUGUGGAAAGUGUCUAUAAACACACUCGCCUUCUUCGAUCAAUUGCUCCAUCUCUCUUCCCAGCUCUUCACCCAAUUGAUUGGAGUGGAAUUAUAACUCAAAAUGAGGAGCUAUCACAACGACAGGAUCAAUUCAUUCGAGUGGCUCCAAUGCAACGAUAUUGGAUGCGCCGAGGAGCUUCGUUCAACGAGGAGCCCAUCGUCAACAAUUUGCUAGCUGCUGAGCCAGAGCUGUCGGAUAAAGCGAAGGAAUUGAUUAAGGAAUAUCAGAAGUUGGAGAAGGAGAAUAAAAUGGACUGCGAAUUUCCGAAAUUAACAUUCUUCGGAACUUCGUCCGCGGUUCCAUCAAAAUAUCGAAAUGUGACAGGAUAUCUGGUGGAAGCAUCAGAGAACAGUGCGAUUUUAAUUGAUGUUGGAGAAGGAACAUAUGGACAAAUGAGAGCAGUUUUUGGAGAAGAUGGUUGUAAGCAGCUUCUGGUAAAUCUCAACUGCGUCCUUAUCACUCACGCUCAUCAGGAUCAUAUGAAUGGGCUGUACACAAUUAUUGCACGGAGAAAAGAAGCUUUCGAGUCCCUCGGAGCCCCUUACCGUCCACUAGUCCUUGUAUGCAAUCGGAAUGUUCUGAAACCAAUGAAGACCUACUCAAUUUGCUUUGAAAACAUUGAGCAUCUCCUCGAAAUUGUUGAUAUCUCCAGGUAUCCACUAACACCUCCCGGGAGCCCUGGAGGGCCUCCUGGAAAAAGACCGAGACUUCCGAGCCCACAUCUCCCGCCGAGCAGAGAUGUUCUACAGGAUAUGUCGAGCAGUUUCGAUAAAAAGGCAUGGAAGCUGGAUGAGCUGAAGGCUGUACAAGUUCAUCAUACAAGAAUGGCAAAUGGAUUUGUGAUGAGAGUUGCUGGAAAACGAAUUGUAUUCUCUGGAGAUACGAAACCAUGUGAUUUGUUGGUUGAAGAAGGAAAAGAUGCUGAUGUUCUUGUUCAUGAAUCCACUUUUGAAGAUGGUCAUGAGGCUGAUGCAAUGAGAAAACGUCAUUCAACAAUGGGUCAAGCAGUCGAUGUUGGAAAACGAAUGAAUGCCAAGCACAUUAUUCUGACACAUUUCAGUGCGAGAUAUCCAAAAGUACCAGUUCUUCCUGAAUAUCUUGAUAAGGAAAAUAUUGGUGUGGCGAUGGAUAUGUUGAGAGUUCGAUUCGAUCAUUUACCACUUGUUUCGAAACUUCUUCCCAUUUUUAGAGAAGUAUUCGUGGCGGAACUAUUCGAAUUAACCAUCAAAAAAGAACAACGGGUUUUGAAAGACAAGGAAUUGUCUGAAAAGCGAGGUCAAUUAAAGGCUUGAGUGACUGGCCACAUUCAACAUUAAUUCACUUUUCAUCCAGUUAUUCACGUUUUUAGUUCAUUGUUACUUUUGUUUUCAUUUUCUUGUUUUGUUGUCAAGGUUUUUUUCUCGGAAAGUUUUGGAACAAAAAAUUUUUGGUUCCAGCAAUAAAAAUUUAUAUGGUACU